ACGCGCCGGGACCGGAAGCCGGAAGCUUUACAGAAGGGUGUUCCGCGUUCGCGGUGCGGGAGCGGUCAGUCGGGGUGGCGGGGCUGGGGCCGGCCGGGGCGGGCGGCUCCGCGCUCCGCGUUGGGCCGCUGGGAGGGCGAUGACGGAAUACAAGCUGGUGGUGGUGGGAGCUGGCGGCGUCGGGAAGAGCGCGUUGACCAUCCAGCUCAUCCAGAACCACUUCGUGGACGAGUACGACCCCACCAUCGAGGAUUCGUACAGAAAGCAGGUUGUCAUUGAUGGAGAGACGUGCUUGUUAGAUAUUCUGGACACUGCAGGACAGGAAGAAUACAGUGCUAUGCGAGAUCAGUACAUGAGAACUGGGGAAGGAUUCCUGUGUGUGUUUGCCAUUAACAACAGUAAAUCAUUUGCUGAUAUUAACCUUUACAGAGAGCAAAUCAAGAGAGUGAAAGAUUCAGACGAUGUGCCGAUGGUGCUGGUUGGGAAUAAGUGUGAUUUGCCCACGAGGACAGUAGACACAAAACAGGCUCAAGAAUUAGCAAAAAGUUAUGGCAUUCCCUUCAUAGAGACAUCAGCUAAAACGAGACAGGGUGUGGAAGAUGCAUUUUACACACUGGUGAGAGAGAUUCGGCAGUACCGGAUGAAAAAGCUCAACAGCAAUGAAGAUGGGAAUCAAGGCUGUAUGGGGUUGUCUUGCAUUGUGAUGUGAUAAGAUGCCAGGUUCAGAUGUAGCUGCUGGACAAGUCUCAAUGCUACUGUAUUGUGUCUCAUGCUGAUGCCCUGCAGUAUUUUGGUGCCAGCGACCAGACUCUUGGUACCAAUUAAUUAGCACAGGAUCCUUUUCUGUGCUCCAUCUGAAGAAAACAUCUCUGGUAUCUACCUCCUUGCUCAGCUCACAGAGCAGUCAUAUCUCUUGGUGUACUGGGAUUCUUUUCUAGCUGUGCUGUCUGGGUUUGUUCAAGAAGAAAACCAGUCACAAGAAAAGUGAAUUACAGAGACUAAAUGCUGUGAAAAAGAUCACACUUUACCUCCAGAGUAAAAGCUAGAAGUGGCGUUUGACCCCUUUGCAUUGGAUUCAGAUUUGCGGUGUUGUCAGAGGAGUGGCAGAAGUAAUUUUGCCAUUACAAAGGUUUCUGUCACCAGUCGGAUUGAUGUCUGCUGUCUGUGCACCCAGUGUAUCUGCAACAUCUGCGUUGUGCCAGGAGUAUCACUUAACUGAUUAACUGAUCCUUUAUUUUUCUGUAAUAAAAAGGAGAUAUCUUCGCUAACUUAAGUGCCUGUUUGCUCGCAAGGUUGGAGGUUGAGAGCUGUUCCCUUGGGCUGAGGAAAACCCCAAGGAUGAAUUUCUUGGGUGCUCAUUGUCUUGAGCAGGCAAGUUUUGUGCGGGUGAUCUCUUUUCAUGGUAAGAUGCUAAAAUGGGAAUUUGUAGUCUGGAAGAUCGAUCAGGUGUUUGUGAGACUCUUGAAUUAGGGAGAGAAGUGUAAACUACAUCAGUUCUUGAUCCAUCAGAAUGCUUCCAUCCACCUCUUUGUGUGUGGAACUGUGUAUGUUCUGUUUUGGUUUUCUACAGCAUUUGGAUCUCUUUCAGGUUGGACCAAAUUAGUGACCUGUUCAUUUUAACAUAACUGCCAAUAUUUAUAGACAAUUUCUUACGGACCAAUAAUGAAUUUAGAAACUGGAGGUUACUUUGGGCAGCUGUUCUUCAACUCUGUCUGUAACUUGCAAGUUAUUCUGAGUUAUUUUCUGCAGAGCCUCCUUCCUUAUCAGGGGAGGAGCCUGGGAGUUGAGGUUGACUAUAAUUGGGUCAAUGGUUGUCACAGACUUCAGGUGUCCAGGCUGAGUGGAAGAGGCACUGAGCUGACUUCUAAUUGCAGCAUCCUUGCAAAAUGAGGAAGGGAGUUCAGUGAUGUCUGCUCUGGAGAUGAAUGAUACACUGAUAGCAGUUCUGGGUUUGUUGUAACAGCCUCAAAGUAGGACUGAAGUGCUGUGUGAGCUGUGUGACUUCUUCCUAGAACACAGCACUGCCCCCCAUAUGGUUGGGACGUGCAGGUGAGACCAGAACCUACUGGGUUCCUUGGUGUACCUUGGCCUUCUCAGUUCUUGUGCCAGUGAUGCUGGGUUCUGUUCUGUGGUGUCAGACAGCGUCGUAUAGCAAAGCUGAAUUCCCUGUUAGUUUGGUGAGAGAAUAAUGAGCCUUCAGCCAACAGAGGGAGCGUUCAAUCUGCCGGAGCAGUGCGAGCUGUAGACACAGCAAGAGGCGUAAUUUCAGUUUGUUGCAGUCAGGUUCCUAUAUUUUCAAAACUGAAAUCAGAAAUAAGGAAAUAUUGAGAAAAUAAACUGUUGCUUUUAAUGCUCUUUUCUCCACUAAUUGUGCUCCUGAUUUUCUUCUUGGGAUGCAGAGGAUCGAUCUGUGUAACUUUAUCUGUGAUGCUCCAGAUAAGUGUUUUAGAAUUCAUUUUAUCCUUGAAUGAUGGAAAUGAGAAGAAUUUAACACAAUAUUUUUACAUAAAACAUGGUUUUCCAGUGACCUACUGAGUGGUGGGAAGCAUUAUGGGAUAGCAGCACCUGUGACUCGAGUUAAUUUGAAGGCAGUCUCUUGCCUGCAGGUUAAAUGGGACAGAAUCACAAUCACUGUGAGCUGUGUGUGGUCAGCAAGCAGUCUGUGGGUUUUUCUUACUGUGUUCUUUUUGUCUGUCUUAACUUGGUGCAGGAAGGGUUCCUCGUGACAGCAUUCUUUGAGGUGUGUCAGCAGGAGCUGACUUUGCUCCUUGAGCUGUGAUGUACUGUUGUCCACUUAAUGGAAUUACAGAAAGAAGCAGCUGCUGGGAGUCACAUCUGGUCACAUACAUUCAGUGUUUUGGGAAGCUGUCAGUGUGGAGUUUGCAUUGUGUUUGAAUGGUGAGUUCGUGGUGGGUCUGUUAGGCUUCUGGAUGAUUUGGGGAAAUGUGGAGCUGCUUCCCUGGCAGACAGGAGCAGCUCAGGGUGCUGCUGCCUAUGGCUGUGGGAAAUCCCACAGUUGGUGUUUGAACAGUGGCCAAAUUUGCCAAUUAAAAAUACAUUUUGUAGGGAGAUUUGUCAUAACUUUCUACUUUGUGUGGCACGCUCUGCUUUCUGAAAACAUACUAGCCAUAACUCAAAAAGUUGUGAAUCAUCAGAAUAAUACAGGAGCUGGCAAUCGUGUCUGCUCUCUCUUUGAUGUGUUCCAUUUCUCUUGGGUUGGAUAAAGCUUUAAAAAGGAAGGAGCCCUGGUGAGGGUUGGUUGGUGUGCGUUUCAUUUUUGGAACCAGAUCUGCAAAAUCAGAUUUUGUGCCCAUCAUGAGCAUGAAGUGAACGGUUGUACCUGGUUUCUAGUUGCAUACACGCAUACAGACAUGCCUGUAUGUGGGUAGUUUGAGUCAGUCAAGGUUGCUGUCAGUACCUAAAGCAGAAUGCACCGCAUAAUGCAUACAGGCAAAAGUCCUAUCUUAGGAGCCAUCUCUUCAUGGGUUUGGCUUUAUAUAGGCAGUAUUUUUAAACAGAAUAUCUGAAGCGCUUUCUGGAGUUCUCUGGUAAUGCAGUGGCACCUCUUUGGAUGAAGGAAGAUGUGUUUGAGGAGCACAUGAGCAGAUUUGCUGCUCCAGCAGAGAGGUUUUGGUGACCGUGGAAAAGGUUUUGUGUCCUGGAUCUGUGUGUGCUCUUGGUGAGCUGCAGUCCAUGACAGGGUGCAGCCAGGUGAGAAGGAAACCUGGCCAUCCCACGCUUGAGCACAGCUCCGCCUUCAGUAGUUGCACCAGAUGUUCCCUUUCAGUCAAGGUGCUCUGAUCUCUUAGAGCUUCCUGUAGUUUAAGAUGCCACUCGUUCUACAGCUUGCUCGGUUAAUGUCUGUUGGUGGCGUUGAGUUGGAUGUGUGUGUGGCAGGAAGGAGCAGAGCGUGAUGCGCUUCUGUAACCAGGACUUAACUGGAGUGGUUGGCGGAUAGAAAAUGCAGCUGUUCCUUUAAAGCAAGCAGAAUGUGGACGGUCAGCCAAACUGCCCUGGCUUUGGUGGGAACUGCACUGCAGGAGGACCAAACCCCAAGAAGCUUUGGAACAUUUGUUUAGAAGAUAAGCACAGAUGGUUUUGCACAAGGCAGCUCCUCAUAGUGGUGAUUUUGUAGAUUUAGUCCAAAUGUUCUCAUGUAGAUUUAGCAGCACCACACUGUGUCCGUGCCCAUCUAACCUCGCUAUCCUAAGGAGAACAGACCCUAAGCAACCUUGUUCAAAAACUACCAGUGCAAAUAACUGAACUAAACAUUUGUUACUGCUGACUGGGAGCAGCUGUUGGAGUGUAGCAUUGUGGCUUUGUUAAUGUGAGCCUCAGCUCCAUGGUCUGAUUAAAAACAAAAAACAACCACAAACAUUGCUCAGCUUUUGUUCUUAGUGUCAUCAGAAAGACUUGAAUAGUGAUGGUAAUGCUUACGUAGACGUGUCUUGUGAGUGCACUUCAGUGAUUUAGAAAGAACUGGAUUUCAAGCAACUUUGGACCUGUGGGGGGAGGGAGGUUAAUGAAGGUUUGAAUCACAUUCUAAUUCUGUGUCCUUCAUUACUCCACAAGCCUAAAUCCUAGACAGCCUCCAGGAUAGCUGGAAACUGUUGAAAUCUGGACUUUUUUUUUUUAUCCAAGGGCUAACUUGUUGUAACUUGGUAUAAUUAUCUGCUUUCAGAAAUGCAUCUCUGUUGGUUUGAAUUGAAGUAAAUUAUUUUGCUUCCUAAAUAACUUUUUUAAAGAAUAAACUCUGUGAAUUCUUUGGUUG